AGACGACUCACCCCUCCCACUUCUGGGGCACCUCCCUUUCUAGAACAUUUCCUCCUCCUGUCAGUCAUCUGGCAAAGCUACUGGCUGAAUCAUCUGAACUAUAGGGGAAGAACUCUAUAAGUAGCUCUUCUGCAGCCAGAUCUACCUCUCCGAGCUUAGGACCAAGUGGUGUAGAAGCCUUUUGCUAACAGUCCAGAGUUCUGGGGUGCCAGCCAAAGUUUCAGGUCGGCGCCGGAGCCUAUAGGAGCUCUUGAAGGCGUGUCCAACUGCAUCGGUCCAAUGGACGGUUGGGGGCGUGGCGGGAUCGUAUAAAGGGUUCAAUGGAGCUGCGGAAGGCGGGGCCCGCCGCGCCGUGGGAACCUAUCAGGGCUCCGAGUCUUGCCAUGCGGGCCGCGGUUUAGCAGCCAUGUGAGUGCUUCAGCAGCGGCAGCGGCACCUUGAUGAACAGUAUGUCGGCCGCCGUGGCAACUCGUAAGCGGGCAAAGCCAGCUCCCGGGCCCGGGGCGGCCCCGGUGGCCGGCAAGCGGCGGCGAAAGGUAGACUCUGCUGCGGAUAGACGCAAGUCCAAGGGUGGCGGCAAAAUGAAUGAGGAGAUUUCCAGCGAUUCUGAGAGUGAGAGCUUGGCUCCGAGGAAAACAGAGGAAGAGGAGGAGGAAGAGCUGGAGGAGACCGCGCAGGAAAAGAAGCUACGCUUGGCCAAACUCUACCUUGAACAACUCAGACAGCAAGAGGAGGAGAAGGCUGAAGCCCGUGCAUUUGAGGAGGAUCAGGUGGCAGGGCGCUUGAAGGAGGAUGUGCUUGAGCAGAGAGGCAGGCUGCAGAAAUCGGUGGCAAAGGAGAUCCAGGCCCCAGCUGCCACCGACAUCCGAGUCUUGCGGGGCCACCAGCUCUCCAUCACGUGCUUGGUCAUCACGCCCGAUGACCUGGCCAUCUUCUCCGCCGCCAAAGACUGCACCAUCAUUAAGUGGAGCGUAGAGACGGGGCGGAAGCUGCAUGUGAUCCCUCGCGCCAAGAAGGGCGCUCAGGGCCAGCCUGGCGGCCACAGCACCCACAUCCUCUGCAUGGCCAUCUCCUCUGAUGGCAAGUACCUCGCCUCUGGUGAUCGGAGCAAACUCAUUCUCAUUUGGGAGGCCCAGAGCUGCCAGCACCUGUACACCUUCACGGGACACCGGGACGCCGUGUCGGGACUGGCCUUCCGAAGAGGCACCCACCAGCUCUAUAGCACUUCCCACGACCGCUCUGUGAAGGUGUGGAAUGCAGCUGAGAACUCCUACGUGGAGACACUGUUCGGGCACCAGGACGCUGUGGCUGCACUGGAUGCCCUGAGCCGAGAGUGCUGUGUCACAGCCGGGGGCCGGGAUGGGACUGUGCGUGUGUGGAAGAUCCCAGAGGAGUCCCAGCUUGUUUUCUAUGGCCACCAGGGUUCCAUUGACUGUGUCCAUCUGAUCAACGAGGAGCACAUGGUGUCGGGCGCGGAUGACGGCUCUGUGGCCUUGUGGGGUCUCUCCAAGAAGCGGCCCCUCGCCCUGCAGCGUGAAGCUCACGGGCUGCACGGGGAGCCAGGCCUGGAGCAACCCUUCUGGGUGUCAUCCGUGGCAGCCCUACUCAAUACAGACCUUGUAGCCACAGGCUCCCAUAAUGCCCGGGUGCGGCUUUGGCAGUGUGGAGAGGGCUUCCGGCAGCUGGACCCUCUCUGUGACAUCCCCCUGGUCGGUUUUAUCAACAGCCUCAAGUUCUCCAGUGCUGGGGACUUCUUGGUGGCUGGAGUGGGACAGGAGCACAGGCUUGGCCGGUGGUGGAGGAUCAAAGAGGCCCGGAACUCAGUCUGCAUCAUCCCGCUACGCAGGCUGCCUGUGUCCCCUGCUGCCGGCUCCUGACACUCACCCUAUUUAAGUGAUUUCCAGGCCCCGCCCCACCCCGCCCCGCCCUCUUUUGUAUUAAAGCAUCCUAUUUUA